CGAUUUGCAUUUAGCUUUGUAUUACUGUAAUAGGUAUAUUUGAAAAAGAAAAUGUGUUCCCAACCUCAGUUUCCACCUGAGUUAAGAAAUACUUGGUGAUACCAUUGAUACUUGGUCCUGUUAACGUAGCUGUUAGCGAAGAUGGCGUACACUGUUUACUGUUUUGAGGUUAGUUUACACAUGUUGCAUUUCAUGUUGUAAUUUGUAAGUUUUCCUUUAUUACACGUGUAUUUGUUCGUGGCCAAUUCAUCAACAGCAUUUCUAAUAUUAGUUAUUUCACUGUUGGCUGCACUUAUUUUGUAUUCAGUUGGUUUGUAUUUCAGAAACCAUGUCAUAUGCUCAAUCUCAGUAAACAGUGCUGUGUCCAUAUCAUCGUUGCUUCUAAUCGGGGCCACCCAGGUUGAGAUAUACAAUGAUGGAGGAAAAGAGCAACACUACUUUUGCCAACGGAGCAGGCCCUGAGCUGAGGAAAUGCGACUCGGACACUUUUCAGUGUCCAGUUUGCCUUAAAAAGGGGACCUACCCAAAACUUGUGGCUCACCUGCAGGGCCACAGACGGUCAAUUGUAGAGUAUGGUGGAUACUGUGUCUACAAAUGCCAGCUUGGCUGUGUGCAAAGCCACCAUUAUCACUGUGGCUUUUGCACAAAAGUCAUUGUGACAAAGGAGUUUUUUGUCCGUCACUUCAAAAUCUGCUGCACGACAAAAACCACAAAUACUACUGCAAAUUUGGCAUUCACAAUGACUCCAGCAUCCACUCCAGCAGCUAUGGUGACUCCAGUGUCCACGGUGACUGCAGCGUCCACUCCAGCAGCCACGGUGACUGCAGCGUCCACUCCAGCAGCCACGCGGUGACUUCAGCGUCCACUCCAGCAGCCCGCGGUGACUGCAGCGUCCACUCCAGCAGCCACGGUGACUGCAGCGUCCACUCCAGCAGCCACGGUGACUCCAGUGUCCACGGUGACUCCAGCAGCCACGGGGACACCAGUGUCCACGGUGACUCCAGCAGCCACGGGGACACCAGUGUCCACGGUGACUCCAGCAGCCAUGUCGAUUCCAGUGUCCACGGUGACUCCAGCAGUGAUGGUGAAGCCGGUGUCCGUGGUGACCAUGGCGGCCCCAGCAGCAGACCAUCGCAAAAAAACAUUGUUGGUGGCACGCAAAAAAACAACAUGUUGUUUUUGUUGCAAACCAAUCCUUAGAAAAAACCUCAAAACACACAUUGAAAGGCAACACAAGGAAAAAUCCUCGGACAUAACAGCAGAUCACCACCUGAACUCUGUGUGUGUCGAUGGGAAAAGGGGGAUUUUUGCCGUGUCUAGGUCUUUCAAGGCUACUGCACACUAUAUCCAUGCCCAAAAAUGUACCUGGGGUAGUCACCGCCAUGUGUCCUGCCAAUUGGAGACAUGUAACAGGGCAUAUGACAAUGCACUGCCAAGUGGGUUACUGGAGUUUGACUGUGUCCAUGUUCGGUCCUUGGCAUUUAGUCCUGUGACCACCACACCAGCUGUUUCUCUUGAUGAUGGGGUUCUCACUGAAAUGCUGGAAAACAAGUGGUUAAGCCAAAACAGUGUGGCUGAAUGUCUGACAAGGAAACUGGCUGCUGAUGAUCAAGGUGCACCCCUGAGUGUGGUGGUAAACUUCGAAAAUGAACAGGGAUACAUUUAUUUUUCUGUGUUUGAGCCACACAUUUCAUUGUAUUCUAGAUUUGGGAGGGUCAUGGUCCACUAUGACAAUUCAGACAACUCAUUGAAUUGCCCCUGCUCAGAACCCUGGACAUUUUGCCCACACAAAGCCAUAUCAAAGUGGCACCUGCACCAAUUAAGGCCUGACUUCUUUGUACAAAAUAUGGAUUGUCAAGAAGACUCCUCCCAUGCACCCAUGGAAGAUUAUGCACCCAUGGAAGAUGAUGCACCACCCGUGGAAGAUGAUGCACAGCCUGAACAUGGUCUUCUUUAUCCCCCGGAAGGAAAAGCACUGGUUGAAAUGGUUGAUUACCUCAUUUCAAAUAAAGCCCUGCCAGCAAACCUUCCGAGGAAUUUGAUUUCAUCAGUGGAUAUGCCAAGGCACUUAGUUCCCAAAGAGAACUUCUGUCACAAAUGUCCCGGCAAAGUUCCUCUCUCUGGGGCGAUAGCCAUUUGCAAUAAUGCAAAGAUUGUAUCAGUCACUGGAAUUGUGGAGGGUAGGUUGCAUUACAUUACAUGAAAAGUUAUUGCUACAUGUUUCAUGUUUACACUAGUCAGUCAUUGUGUAACCGUUAUAUACCUGACAAGACUUUAACAUCCUUUUCUU